GGUUUUAAGGGCUGGUGAUACUCUGUGACCCAAUAAAAUUUAAUAUUAUUUUUACGUCAUUGGUUGACCGAUAUUAUAAUUAUGUACCCGAAAACAUAACAGCAACAAGAACAAAAUUCAGAUUCAGAUUUAGUUAGCCAUGACAAGAGCUUACAAAAUGGAAGUGACUGAAGUAAGGUUAUGCGUUAUGUUUAAUUUUAAAUGACGUUAAUGGUAAUUAAACAAAAGUUUUUUGUUUCUAAAAUGUGUUGAAAAUGAACUUAAGGCAUAGAAUUAUCUAAAAUAGAGAUUAGAAGUACCUGCUCACCUUUUUAAAGCAUAAGUAUGUCGUUUUCGAACUCGAGCAUGUCGGCUGGGACGAGUGUGAUACGGCCUCUGGCGUCGCAGCAUGACCAGUUGGCGGAGUUGAGACAAUUCAUGGCCGGAACAUCAGAAAAGGCCAACACUCAUCCUCUCGAGCUCACUAGGAGAGCUCUCUCACUUCUAAAAACUUUCCCAACUUCCCGAGACUUUGUGCUGGAGUACUUCUGCUCUAUCUUUUGCUCUGCGGUCGAUAGUCAUAUAAAUGCUCAAGUUAUCAAGACUGUAGCAAGCAAAGAAGAAGAGGCAGUGUCGUCCGAUGACGUGGUCAUAUCUGAGAUACGCAGUGUACUGUGCAACUUUGUUAGCUACAAUCCUGAAGCUUGGGCACCAACUAUUUCUUCAUGGUCACUUGAAUUACUAGGCUCGCUAUCCAGUAAAUACUCUAAACAAGUGUUCGCGCAGACGAACGGCGGCCUGAACGAAGGCAUGCAGCUGUGGAUGUCGUGCCCGGCGACACGCACGCUGAUCGACAUCAACACACAGUGCCUGUCAUGCCUGAUGCACUCGAACACGGACGCGUGCAUCAGCGCGCUGCUAGACACAAGCGUGCGCCACAGUCCGCACUUCGACUGGGUGGUGGCGCACGUUGGCAGCUGCUUCCCGCACACUGUCAUCACACGCGUGCUGUCGUGUGGCCUGCGACACUUUGCACUCAACAGCGACGAGUCCAAGCUCAACUCUGUCGUCGGCAUACUCGGCCAUUUGGCCGGCAGUCAUUUCGCUGACAUCAGGAAGGCACUGCUCGAAUUGUUUCAGUGGAGUAUGAAAUUGAAUGAAGAUAGUUUGAACAUAGACACUGAUCUGAUGAAGGAGCAAUCAGCGACUGUUCCCUACCUUCUGAAAUUAGCAGCUCUUUCGCCAACGCUGCUCAGGGCUCUCAGUGCUGAUGCGCUUCAGUCAUUGAACAGUGACGUGCUUGACGACCUUGCACAGAACAAAGGAAAAUUGUGGCUGAAUUUCUUCGAAAGUGAGCAAGUGCUUCUGGAUCUUGUUGUGCAUCUGAUGUUGAACAGUGAAGAAGGUAGUGAUCACCUCAUAACCCUCCUGCUUCAGUCAUCCGAGCAUCCCAAUCGCAAAGUUCAAUCAACAGCUCUCUACUUAUUAGAACUUUUGAUACUUGAGGCUGAUCAACUGAUUCGCAUCAAAAGAGCUUCAGUAGCGUUUCUCAAUUGCGUUCAGAAGAAAUUGAGUAUACUGCAGCAGCUGCUCCUCAGCAAACAACCUCUACACCUCACAACUGCUGUCCGGCUACUUACCUUGCUAGGUCAACAGAACCCUAGUGUUUUGCCGGGCAUAAUUUGUUAUGCGCUGAUGCAACCAAUGACAGACGAGCAGCGUGCUGCGGCCAUCGAGGUUGUGCGCACGCGCCAAGACCAGGAGUGUUUUGCACAGAGCAUCACGUUGGCGCUGCGAUCCUGUCACGAACUCGAGACCGGAAUGCCCGAGCAUCUAUGGAACAACUUGGAGAAGCUCAUCAAAAAUGAAAACCACAAGAAGGUGACAUUGCGAAGCUUGUGGCCGAACCUUGGAGCUUUUGCGACCAGCCUUUGCGAGUGCUCUUCGCCCGAGACUGCGUGCACAAUCGCCACCGUUCUCGAUCUGGUGCUCGAUUCGGCGCAACAAGAACUCUCCACUCAGCUGGUUCUCUGGCUCAUCGAUGCUUCUGUCACAUUUUUCUACAAUUGCCUCAAUAUGAAAGUUGGAUUUGAAAGAUCGAAAGGAAUCCAUACAGCUUCCCAACUUCUACAAAGACUGUCUAGAGGAUCCAAUGUAAACAGAGCAAUAGCAUUGAGAGAGUUAUUGGAGUCGGCGCUAUUUCAGCCUCCCUCGUAUCUGUUUGGAGCCACCGGACCCGUCUCCACUUCGUUCCCAACCAGCUCAACAUCAUUCUCCCUAUUGCAAGAAAACCAAAAACAGGGUACAAGUAGUCUGAUAGCGCACCGUCAUUCGUCGGUAUUCCACGCUGGUAUAAUAGGAUGCGGCCUGCGUAACGAGCCGACCGUGCCCGAGAUCAGUGAGCACCAGAUUGCGGUCAACACGCAGAGCCUCAUCGCCAUGCUGAGGUCCUGCUGUCUGGUCGAGAACACCCAGGAAUCGCUGGACGCUGUCAUAUCACUUGCACUGCUCUUGGUCGAACUCAUCUCACCCGACGUCAUGUACAAUGGCCUGCCAUGGCCCGAAGAAGAUUUCUGCAAGGUGACGGUGGAGCGAGACCUGUGCAUUAGACGACUGUUCGGCGCGGUGCCGCUGCUGUGGUGGGUGUUGCGACUGAUAGCCAGCCACCGGCCGGCGCUGUGCUACUGUUCGGUGCUGCUGCGAGCCGUGGCGGCCACCCUGAUUGGCCAGUGGUCGACGGCCGGCCAACAGCGACAGGCGCCCGGCCAGGACCCAGUUCUCAUCAGCACCACCACCUCCCUCCUCCAGGUCAUGGCGCUCGGCCAACUGCUGCCACCCCCGCUCUCCUCGCUCGCCGACAUCGUACCACAUCUACCGCCUUUCCAGGUGGUGUCGGUACUGCGUGACUGCGUGUGGAACUACAUGCGUGACCACGUGCCUUCGCCGGCCCUGUUCGCACGCGACGCCAGUGGAGUGAUGUGGCGCGACCCGGCUCUGGCCCGCCCCGCCAAGCAGUACACCGAAACCCUCCGCAUUAUUAUGCAGAAAAAUAUCGGGGUCUUUGGACCUCUAUAUUCGCUCCUUUUCCUCAAUUCAACUAAUGAUUCCUAGCUCUGAAACAAAUGCACCAUUCACGAACAUAGUACAUUCUUGAACUCCACACUUUUGUUAAACCUGAAAGAUUUGAUAUGCAAGGAACGAGUUUUUUUAUUAAGUAAAAAUUUAUUCUUGUAUCAAGUUUAAAUUAAGAAUCUUUGUAAAUUUGAAUAAUUGAGCUUGAUAUUAAGACGAUAAUUCAUCAAUUAUUACUGUAUUUGUUUUAUUUUAUAAAGAUUAUACUGUAUAUACUGUACACAAUUAUUUUAAUCAAUUUUAGUUAGAUGUUCCUUUCACUGCUACAAUUUGUAAUUUAUUCAUUGAUUUCGAGGCCUCAUAUGGAAUUGUUGAUGCUUGUGACACACUAUUACAAUACAGUUUGUAUAUGACGAAGGAGGAUUUUUACAAUAAAUUUGUAAAAAUAUAAUUAUAAAAAACUCAUAUUUUGACA